AUGACUUCCAUACAGUCGCCAAAGGACAAACCUAAUGUUCUCAGAUCAAUUAUUGCUGGCUCAACGGCCGGCGCGGUUGAAAUUGCAAUUACAUAUCCCGCCGAGUUUGCAAAGACAAGAACCCAACUCAACCGCAGACUAGUCCAAUCUGCCCAACUGCCCUGGCCACCGUUCGGCAAACUAUGGUAUGCAGGCUGCACAACUUUAAUCGUCGGAAACUCAUUGAAGGCCGGCAUCCGAUUCGUUGCCUAUGAUCAAUAUCGGACUAUGCUGCAGGAUGCCAACGGGAAUAUCUCCAGAUCGCGAACAGUCAUGGCUGGGUUUGGAGCCGGGCUAACCGAAUCAUUGUUGGCCGUGACGCCGUUUGAAAGUAUCAAGACAACCAUUAUCGAUGACCGUAAGCGUGCGACUCCUCGCAUUCGUGGAUUCUUGCAUGCCAUUCCUGUUAUAGCACGAGAACGAGGCCUGCGCGGCUUCUUUCAAGGCUUAGCGCCAACUACGGCUCGACAGGCCGCCAACAGCGCCGUUCGCUUUAGUUCCUACGCCUUCUUACGCCAGUGGGCACAAUCCUACGUGACUCCUGGUGAAAAGCUUGGAACUUUAUCCACGUUCGGUAUUGGAGGCGUGGCUGGCUUCAUCACUGUUUACGCGACCCAGCCCUUAGACACAAUUAAGACUCGCAUGCAAAGUAUAGAUGCGCGCGGCGUCUAUAAAAAUAGCUUCACUUGUGCGUCAAUGAUCAUCAGUAAUGAGGGUAUUAUGACUCUGUGGAGUGGUGCAUUACCGCGAUUAGCUCGUUUGAUGAUGAGUGGAGGCAUUGUUUUCACCAUGUACGAGAAGAGUAUGGAGUUAAUGGCCUGGCUAGAUCCCAAGAAGAAAUACAUGUAG